GAAACAUUUCACCAUAAAAUAACUCAACAUAAUUUGACUGAGUCAACAUACCAGUUUUGGUGGCAAAAACUCUUCACAUUCGGUUAAGUACAGUUGGGUUCCGAGCAAGUUCCUUUGAUGGUAGCCGUCUCAAAGUCCAACUCCAACGAGUAGUCAGUCUCCUCUCUCACUUGCUGACUUUUACGGAACCAUAACGACUAAACCUACGCUCUUAAUUACUAUUUUUUUUUAACAACAGGACUUUUCUAUCACCUUCUUUCUCUCUGAGUUCCCGGGUUACGCUUAGAAUGGAGUUUUAGCUCAAUAUGACCAAGAUUCAGAUAGCUUCUCAAAUGGAAUAUCUUCAUUAAUGGCUUUGUGAUAUAAAUAGCUCAAUUACUGCUUUUUAGUGCCCUGGUUUUUUGGAGGUAGUCGGCUAUGGCAGCCAUUUUGAGAAAAUUGCGUCCAACUAAGACUUCUUCAGUUCCCGUUAAUGAAGAAGAUGAUGCUUUUAACGUUGAAUAUUCUAUAGCCUUGGAGUACCAUGGCCCUCCCGUAACUUACAAUAUCCCACAUGCUGCGCCCGUUGACUUCGACCACAUCCCCACAGCCGCAGCCGCCGCCAUGAUCGCUUCGGCCUCUCCGUUCAACGGGUCUUCAGUCCCGGUAAUCCAACCAAUCAUGAAAAGGAAGCCGGAGACUGGACCUGAAGCAGAGCCCCAAGUUGUAAUUCGUUCAAACUCAAACCCAAGGUUAACAGACAGUAUCCUCCAAAUUUCCGGCAACCUACAAGUACCCGACGAUAUUUCUGGCGCCGGAGAGGAAGCUGAUGAAGGGUUUGAGGAUUACAUGAACCCCACGAACUGGGAAUCGACAGAAUCUGGUUUAAGCUCGCGGAGUCUCUCGUCUGAGGUUUUUUCUCACAAGGCGGAAGACGAAGAUUGCGGCGGUGAGACUCCUCACCAUGUGAGAAGGGUUUCGGUGGUGACUUUCCGUGAUCCGGACUCGAACGACGUCGUUGAGAAUACAGAGUGGAGUGAGUCUGGUGAGGUUCAGGCUCGGGAGGAGAGGCCUAUAGCCGUGAGAACAGGGAAAAAGGGGUCCUGUUAUAGAUGCGAUACAGGGAAUCGAUUCACUGGGAAAGAGCUUUGUAUUGUCUGUGGAGCUAAGUACUGUUCUAGUUGUGUGCUGAGAGCUAUGGGGUCGAUGCCCGAAGGAAGAAAAUGCGUUACUUGUAUUGGUCAUAGAGUCGAUGAACGAAACAGGUGGAAACUGGGAAAGCGUUCAAGGUUGCUUAAGAGAUUACUCACUGAUUUAGAGGUAGAGCAGAUAAUGAAAUCGGAGUUGUUGAGUAAGGCCAAUCAGCUUCCUGCGAAUUUGGUCUUUGUUAAUGAUGAGGCUCUUAAUCAAGAAGAGUUGGUUCGAUUACAGGGUUGCUCAAACCCACCUAGAAAGCUAAAACCCGGAUCUUAUUGGUACGAUAAUGUGUCUGGUUUUUGGGGAAAGCAAGGACGAGUGUAUAGCCAAAUUAUUAGUCCCCAGCUUAAUAUUGGGGGUCAUAUUAAAAAAAAUGCUAGCAACGGGAACACCAAUAUUAUGAUAAACAAUAGGGAGAUUACCAAAACUGAGCUCGGGAUACUGCGGUUGGCAGGAGUGCCUUGUGAGGGAAAUCUUCACUAUUGGGUAGACCGAGAUGGGUCCUAUCAAGAAGAAGGAAUGAACAAUGUCAAAGGAAAAAUUUGGGAUAAAGUCACAGUCAAGAUAGCUUGUGCUUUCUUGUCUUUGCCAAUUCCUUCUGAUUCUUCAAAUCCAUCAACGGAAGAAGGGGACACCGCUCUCCCUCCCCAAAAUCAGUUAGAGGAGAAAAUGGUUUACAAGUUUCUCCUAGUUGGUUCUGAUCAGUGUGGAACAAGUACUAUAUUUAAACAGGCUAAGUUUCUCUACAAUGUUCCCUUUACUGAAGACGAAAGGCAAAACAUUAAAUGGAUGAUUCAAGCCAAGUUGUACAGCUAUCUUGGCAUACUGCUUGAAGGACGAGACAAAUUCGAAGAAGAAUGUUUGUUUGAAAUGGAAAAGGAAAAGCUCAAUCGACCUGGCCCUUCAGAGGUUAGAGGGGAGACUGAGCAAACCACCAUCUAUUCAAUUAGCCAACGAUUGAAAGCUUUCUCAGAUUGGCUGCUUAAAGUGAUGGCUUCAGGUAACUUGGAGGCCAUAUUUCCGGCUGCUACUCGUGAAUAUGCACAGUUCGUUGAGGAUCUGUGGAAUGACCCUGCCAUUCAAGAAACAUACAAUCGGAGAAACGAACUGGAAAUGCUUCCCCGAAAUGCUACAUAUUUCCUAAAUCGGGCUAUUGAGAUCUCAAGAACAGAUUACACUCCCUCUGACAUGGAUAUCUUGUAUGCUGAGGGAAUUACCUCAUCCAACAGUGUUGCUUCGGUAGAGUUUUCAUGUCCCAAAAUGGAGCAAGAGAGCAUGGUGGAGGCUUCUUUUCAGCGUGAUGCCUUGAUGAGGUGCCAACUCAUAAGAGUUCAUCCAAGAAGCUUGGGAGAAAACUGCAAGUGGCUGCAGAUGUUUGAAGACGUAGACAUAGUGCUGUUCUGCAUUUCUCUAUCAGACUAUGCUGAAUUUGUAGAGGAUGGAAAUGGAGGCCUGGUUAACAAGAUGAUGGCGAGCAAGCAGCUCUUCGAGAGCAUAGUAACUCACCCGUCAUUCGAGAAGAAAGAAUUUCUUGUGUUACUCAACAAGUAUGAUCUGCUGGAGGAGAAGAUUGAGCGUGUCCCGCUUUCAUUCUGCGAAUGGUUUCAGGAGUUCCAACCAGCUAUCAGCUACAAUCCUAGCAGUAGCAGCAGCAACACUAACAACACCACUUUGGCUCACAGAGCUUUUCAGUAUGUUGCCAUGAAGUUCAAAAGACUGUUCCAUUCUUUGACUGAUAGAAAGCUCUUUGUCUCUUUGAUUAAUGGAUUGGAGUCUGAGACGGUUGAAGAAGCUCUUAAAUAUGGUGGCGAGAUUCUCAAAUGGGUUGAAGACAAACCAAAGAUGAUUGCUGAUCAACAGAUUUCUUCUACUAGCAUCGAGGCUAGUUCUUCCUCAUAAGGAUUAUUUUUUUUGGGGGGGGGGGGGGGGGGGGGUCAUCAGCAUAGAUAUAUUGUUCUCUUUAAUACAAAUUUUUUGUAUAAAAAUAUCUAUAUAUAUUACCACUGUAGUAGUGAUUGUUUUUAGUACUUUUAUUAUUUUUGGUACAUAGAUAAGUUGCAGCUUUAUUUUUUUUAAAAGUGACGGUGUAUAAUGUAGUUAUAGGAGACUUUUUACAAAUUUUGAGAAAAUUCCGAAUAAUUUAGGAUACCAAAA